AUGGCAACGAAAAAGGCGUGCAUGGAUGCGCCCAAAAGGAGCCGGAGUCCGGUCGUGUUGGAGGCGGAGAUGUUCACUGAAUUUCAGGACUGGUGUCUCCGGACUUACGGAGACUCCGGUAAAACAAAGACGGUGACCCGGCGAAAAUAUAACAAAAUCAUGCAGACACUGUUGCAGAACGACGAGUCGGAUGGCGUUUAUGUCGACAACAGCCACAUCAACGCCAAAUUCAAAUUUUGGGUGAAGUCUAAAGGAUUUCAGGUCGGGAACAACAUCUUGGGAGAGCACAACAAGAAAGGAGCAUCAGGGAAGCCCGUUCUAUAUGUCCCGGUCAAGUCAACGUGUUCGGACGGGGGCUCGGCCCAAGACAACUCCUCCCUGAAACGUGUAGCAGUGGUCGAAGACUUCUUUGACAUCAUCUAUGCCAUGCAUGUGGAGAUGGGUGCUGACCCGGGCAGAGCACCCAAACAUGCAGGCCAAAAGAAGACCUACAAAGCGAUAGCAGAGACGUACGCCUUCCUGCCCAGAGAGGCGGUGACACGGUUCCUAAUGAGCUGUGGAGAGUGUCAGAAGAGGAUGCACAUCAACCCCAGCACUGCCGAGUUCAAAGAAAACGAUAGACCAACCUCACUGGUCCCGGACCUCAUUGAUUACAAUAUGCCCCUUACUGCCACCUACCUGAAGCAAAUGAAACUACAGUGCAUGACUGCCACUGAGAGGGAUGACAGUUCGGUGAGCAGCGAGGACAUGGACACCGCUGAGCCCACGUGGGUCCCAGCGGAGCAGCCCCCAGUGCCUGAGCCCAGUCCCCCAAAUGGAGAGAGGGCCAGCAGCCCACCAGCCACAAUUAAAGAGGAGGAUGAUGACGACUCCUCAGAAAGCGGCAGUGCCAGCGGGCUGCCAGCCCUGACCUCCCCGGAGGUGCUGGCUGUGGGUGGGAACCCCCCAGAUGGCGGGGCCCCUUAUGGGGAGGUGACUGAGAAUGGGGUGAGUGCUCCCUUGGACUACAGCACCACCUCCUCCUCUUCCUCCUCAGAGGACCAGCAGCCAGUCAAUCUGAGUGACAGACUACUGCCUGUGGGGAACUCGCCCCUAACUUCUUACCCAGCAGACCCCAACAGGAAGUACCCAGUCAAAACAGAAUACACCAACAAGGUAAGGACAGCAGCAUCUUUUGGACUGACCCUUAUCUAUGUGGCAUUCUUGAUGAGCAGCCUAAGCAGCUUAUCGUGUUCUCCCCAGUACAGCUCAGGAAGCUAUGACUCUGUGAAAACUGAAAUGAGCAUGAGCGCCGAGGACUUGACCUCUGGUCGGGCGCAGAUCAUCGACGACGAUGAUGAUGAUCAUGACGACCAUGAUGACAGUGACAAGAUCAAUGAUGCUGAGGGCAUGGACCCGGAGAGACUGAAAGCUUUCAAUAUGUUUGUGCGUCUGUUUGUGGAUGAGAAUCUGGACCGCAUGGUGCCCAUCUCCAAGCAGCCCAAGGAGAAGAUCCAGGCCAUCAUCGAGUCCUGCAGCCGCCAGUUCCCAGAGUUCCAGGAGCGCUCCCGCAAGCGCAUCCGCACCUACCUCAAAUCCUGCCGCCGCAUGAAGAAGGGCGGUUUUGAGAUACGACCAACACCUCCUCACCUCACGUCCGCCAUGGCUGAGAACAUCCUUGCUGCCGCCUGUGAGAGCGAAACUCGAAAUGCUGCCAAGAGGAUGCGGCUCGAUGUCUACCAAGGGACGGAUGAGCCCGCCUCUGCUGACAAACCCAGCUCGAGGGACCCGGCCUCCGUGGCACCGUCAGGCUUCUCCAUAGCCAGCUCAGCAUAUGCCCAAGACCAGCUCUACACCAAUGGAGGCCUCAACUACAACUUACGGGGCUACGGGACGGUCAGCAGCAACCAGCAGAACACCGGUGCUGCGCAAACCAAUGGUCCCACAGAUCUGAGUAUGAAGUCCGUGGCCCCGAACUCCUCCUCCUCCAGCUCCAACAGUCACGGUCAGGGAGGUGGGGGGGGCGGAGCCUCAGCCCAGCUCAGCCCCCCAGAGGUCACGGCGGUGAGGCAGCUCAUCGCUGGAUACAGGGAGUCCGCGGCCUUCCUGCUCCGCUCAGCAGACGAGCUGGAAAACCUGAUCUUGCAGCAGAACUGAGUCCCAGCCGGGCUGAACUCGGCCGAACCGUGCCAAGACCUUCUCCCAGCCUGCCCGUCUAUAUCGCUCACAGUCUCGUGUAGUCGGGCAGACUCUGAAGUCCAUACAAAGACACAAAUGUACAAGAGUGAAACUGCACAAUUGGUCCUGUAGGUAUGGUACCUUCACUUAUUCGCACAUGAUUACGUAUUUGAAAGGAGCAGAACAUAUCACGGGCUGAAGUAUGUUUAUUUACGUUUAUGCAUUUGGUUCACUUUGACCUUAGUGCCCCGUUAUCCUUAGCCAUUCACCCUCUCCGGCUCAUUUCACCACUUCAACCUCCAUUCCUCUCAGGUCUUAAGCUUUGAUCUAUGUGAAAAAGGAGGACAACUUAUCAGAGCUGUUAAUCUUAAAUUAGCUGCCAACAUACCUUUGCAUCGGCUCUUCUUUUCGGGUAUUUAGGCCGUGUGCCAAUAACAACACACCAGUUUAUUGUCACAUGGCGCCAAUUUAGCGACAUCAAGUACUUUUUUAUUUUUACACAAAUGUAAACUCUGCAAUGCAGUGGCAGAAUCUAAUUGUGUCAUGUGAAUCUACUCUGUUCUGAGCAGAUCUUGACAUAUUGCUAAAUGAAAACUACAACUCUCUCCAAAUUCACAUCUUUCCACGGAAAAUCUGGAACAUCGCUUUCUUAAUCUCCAUAUAUGAAUCACUGCUAACGCUGUGGCUGCCUGCCACUGACCUGAUAACCUCAAACAGCUUCUGUAGGGUGUUUUGGCAUAUGUGCAAAAAAAUGCAGAGACAAAUAGAGAAGGGAAAAAAAAUACAAAGUUUGCCAUCUGUGACCUGUGAAACUAACACAGUGGGUUUCAUGAGAGAAUAAGAACAGAUCCAUCAAGUUGUUGUGUGGUCAGAACGAUACCUCUGCUUACUCUGUUGGAGCGGUGUCCAGAUUCUUAGGUGUAGUUACUUAGAGACAAAGACUCAUUACCCAGCAUGACUUUAUUUUCAGUUAUUUCUUAAUGAACAUUUUUAUCAUAGCCAAUUUCUCAUUACUCCAAAUGAGGGAACUGUGGAAGCGGCUUUUAAGAAGCCUGGGUAUGCAAAUUGAGGUCACAGACACCUGUCAGGGAAAAAGGAGAUUAAUAUAUUGUGUAGGCUCUUGGUUAUAACCAGUGCUAGUGAAAAAGUGGAAAAGGGUGCAAUAUUGAAGAUAAUCAGUAAUGAUGUGCUUACUGGAAAUAUGACUCUGUCAAUCCAAUGUCCUUUAAGAGUGAUAAUGGCUUGAGCCUUUUGUAAGAGUUUAUGGCACAGAAGGGGGUGUAUUUUACCACUAUUUCCUCCUGUCUUGUUGUAAAAAGAAAUGAUAUCCCAUGCAGCAUUGUAGCCAAUUCAAUGUUGUUAUUUGUUGUGAUCACUGAUCUUUAUUGCUAACCUCAGAACUGAGGCACUUUCAUGUAUUGGGACCAGACAUCCAAGAGUGAUUUAGAAAAGGGACCUGGCAGAAAAUGAGACUUAAUGUUGCACGUGUUUUUUUUUAUUUUUAUUUUUAUUUUUGUUUUUUUGUACUUUUUUACUUUGAAGUGAUUUGGGUCAUUUUGUGCCAGAAUUGUUCUGUGAGGGUUUUCUUGGCUUUUGUUAGUGAAAUGGGCAUAUUAAACUCACACGUCUACAUUAAAGACAGUCAGGUGAACACAGUGCGGUGGUAUUUGGGGAGACCGUAGCAACCGUAUGGGUUUACUGGAUGUAGUGUGGGCGUGUGCGCCGCCUGCCUGCCUGCCUCAAACAAAGAAACUCCUCCGUCCAUGUCAUCCUCGCUGACCUCAACUGUUUCCUCUCUCUCCUAUCGCCACAUUUCCCAUUGACAUCCUGGUUUAAAACACACUGUUGAAAAAGAAGCAAAAGACAAUCUUAGAAAAAGAUGUUAUCGCGUCACAGUUUACUCUCUCUCACACAUCUUUCUGCUAUGGUGUGUGUGUGUGUGUGUGUGUGUGCGUGUGUGUGUGUGUGUGUGGUUCUGAGGGGACACCAGUACCACAAACCAGAUCUCGAGCACAGUCUCACAACAGACACUUUUAAUGGUGAGUCAGUGGAGCACUCAGCACAAAAGCCGUUGUGUUAGUGUGUGCGCGUGUACGUGUGUGAGCGUGCGUAUGUGGAGAUGAUGUGGAUUUUUAUAACCUUUUAAGUUGAUGUUGUGUUGUCAUGAAGCUGUGUUUUUGUUUCCCUGUUGAUCGUGUUAAGUGGAGUGGCCCUUUCAGAGCUAUUUUGUACAUCAUUAACUCUGUGAAGAAUUUAUUCAGUGCAGCAGAAACAUUCCAAACAAGGACGACGACUCUUCAAGCAGCCGACUCGGCUCACACCUUACCCAUGUGUGCGCAAAAUUUAGAGAGAUCUAUUUCUGUAUUUAUCAUAAAUCUAUCAAAUUUAUCUGUUAUUAUUUAUCACACUCGAUCUUGUAUUAGCACUAAUGUAGUUUUGUUCAUAAAUUUGCAGAGAUUUUGUCUCACUAACGGGCCAGUUUAGGGUCAGAUUUACAUGUGCUAAAUGAUCACCUUACACAACACCAUGUCAUGAUUGGACUAUGUUGCAUUUUCAAAUGGAAAAUCUAUUAUCUAUUGCAAGUUUGGAAGCACUUUAUAGCUCAGGAUAAAGGUAACACAGUACAGUGAUACGGAUGUGUCUAUACCUCAUUUGGGAUAUCUUUCAGUUCAAACAUCUUAUAAACUGAUAGCACACCGGACAGUUUGGUUCUGUGUGUAAUUUGACACAAUUCAAGAUCAGAGGCCUGUCUCCUCACUGCAACAAACGCAAACAGUUGCCAUGUAGAAAUCCCACUGAAGCUGAAUCUUUUGAGCCAGUUUGGAUGGUCCUCGUGGUUCUAAUAGACUCAAUCAAGUUGAUAGAUGUACGUGGGACCUGCGUCCCUAUACAUGUCUUCCUUGUCUCCUCCACCUGCUCCUUGUUUACUGUUUGUUACAGUAGCCAUAGCAGUCACACGGACGCCGUCCCCCACACACCGUGUCUUACUCGAUGAUGCUAGGUUGAUCUAGUGCCAUGUUCAACUAUCACCCCAGACAUUCGCUUGCAGAUUUGUAUAUCGUCUUAAUUCUACGCUGAGCAACAUUUUAGGUGUGUGCUGGAGUUACUGUGAUUGAAGACAACCACUUGUAGACAUGUUGUUUUUUUUUUUUUCUAAUGGCCAAUGGAUUUUCUCUUUGUAUUGACUGGACAAUGUAACGUAUUGAUGUUUGAUUAAAAAUGCCCUGGUAGCUUGUGGAUUGCUAAAGUGGUCAGAUAUAUGUACUGUAUAGCUGUACAAAGAGUGAUAAAAGACAUGUUUUAAACCUUUCUUUUUUCUGUGGGUACAGCACUGUUUUAAAAAAAAUCAAAGUGGUUUUAACCCUUGCCUGUUUUAACUUAUCAUUUGGUGGUGCUCUGUAUUACUUCUAUUGUUAUUUAUAUUAUUUUAUUUGUUGCCUCUGCUGCACCGAUAAGAGACUGUAGCUCUGUGCAAGGGGUUGUACUGUAUACCAGUGUGAAGCUUUGUAUUUUUCCCCUCUGGUUUUGGACUCAGUGAAAGUGUGAUGUUUACAUGUACAGUUUUUCAGAUUUUUUUUUCCUUUUUUUUGUUCAGGCUGUUAUUCCCACCUACACCACAAUCUAUGUACAUUUGCCCAGAUAUUUUCCUUUUGUUGGUUCAUUGCAUCAAAUGCAGAUGUGACCACUUUGACUUUUGGUCACAUGGUCAAAGUGGGCCUUGACAACCAGCUGUGCUCGGCUGGGUAUUGUGGUCGCUUCAAGCAUCUGACUAGGAAAUCUUGAGUAAGAGGGAGCUGCACAACAUCUCAAAGUGGACCAUCAGAUUAAUUAAGGAACACGGUGGCUUUAAUCAACUACAUUAGGACACAACAUUGUGCCUAGAAAAUGAGCGAUAGGAUGUUUGUCAGUGCAGCAUCUAGGCACGUUCACAAUGCUGUAAGUGCUCAGAGUCUCUUAUUAUCCUGACCAAGUUGUCAGGGAAAACUCAUUUGUCCUUAUCCUGGAGAAGGUACACUUUGACCUGUUGUAACAUCUCCUCAGUAACAUAAAAGCCAUUCCCCUCUCCUGGCCUUCUAAGGGGAACCCAUAAACCUCAGGAAAUACUGAAUCUCCAAGUUUAGUUUUUAUCCAUUGAUCUCUUCUGAAAAGAGAGUUAAGUCUCUACCGAAAACCAUAACAUUUAUAUGAGAUGUCUAUUGUUUUGUACAUUUAUCAUUGUGAUUUAAAAGUGGAGCUUUUUCCAGUACCUGUGACUUAAUAUUUUGAUUUUUUGGAGUGUUUAUAGGUAUGAAUAUUUAUUAUUAUAUGUGAAACAACUAAAAGACAAAAGAAAAGGCUGAACCUGUUUCAUUUGUAUGUUUUCAUGCAAAACUGUCCAGGUGGGAUUCUCUCUGCCUCUUACAUAUCACUAACGAGGGACCUGUGUUUGUUUGGAAAUAGCGCUUUUUCAGUGUUGCAUCAAUGCUAUGGUAAAAAAAAAAAAAAAAAAAAAAAAAAAAA